AUGGAGCAAUUGACUUUCAGCUUUCUCCCUUCGAACCGAAUAGAUCAGCCGCUACAAGUGCGUUUCAAUUGCUUGGAACUAGCGCCCUCUUCGCCGCUGUUUUCCUCAGACAUCUUCACUGAUCCAUCGCUUGCCUUCAUUGGCGCAAACACGAAAGCUGGAUUUGAGUUCUACAUCACCGUCACCCUCUGGGCAGACAAUAAGGAAGUGUUCCCUUCAGUACAAACGCGCUAUCGUCACAAUAAGACAAGCAAAGUGACCUGGAACCAAGUUCUCGACUUUCCAGACAUCAAAUGCUUAAGCAGAAGUGCUCAGCUUGCUAUCACGGUGUGGGAUUUGAAAGGACCCGCCGAGAAGUACCCGUUUGCCUCGACUACGGUGGCAAUCUUUGACGAUGACGGUGUGCUCAAAAAGGGUCGUCAAAAGCUGCUCUUGCACAAGGGCGUAGAGGCCGACCCAUACAAUGACUCAACAACACCCUCAAAGUCAGGUAAAACAACUGAGCUUGAUCGUCUGGAAGAACUCGUCAAGUCACACGAAGCAGGCGACAUCCCUCGAGUCGAUUGGCUCGACAAUAUGACAUUUCGACAAUUGGAGAAGACUGCGAGUGCCGCUCCACCAUCAGAGCAAGACUACCUUGUGGUCGAGUUUCCACGCUUCGAUUUCCCUGUUCUUUAUACGAGUGGCGAUUAUUCUUACACUCUGAAGGAGGAUAAGCCACUGCAUCACAACUCUAUGGUCAUGGUCCACGAUCCCGAUGCUUAUAAUGUCAAUCCAGUAGAGACGAAGCAUCGAAAAUUGGUCCGCAGUCAUCGUAAUGGCGCCCUGGAUCGCGAUCUCAAGCCAUCGCCACGAAUUCGUGACCACCUCUUCGAUAUUUUGCUGAAUCCAACUUCGUCAGAGCUCAGUAAUGAAGAAAAGGAUCUAUUAUGGAAGUUUAGGUACUAUCUUACGCGUCUGCCAGGUGCCUUACCAAAAUUCCUGCGCUCUGUCGUCUGGGCCGAUCAAGUGGAGACUGUGCAAGCUGUUGCCUUGCUUUCGAGGUGGAGCACAAUCACUGUUGACUCGGCCCUCGAAAUACUUGGGCCUGCCUUUACCAAUGCACAGGUACGCGAAUUUGCCGUCUCGCGUCUCGAGAAAGCUGAAGACGGAGAGAUCAACCUCUACCUCCUGCAAUUGGUCCAAGCUUUGAGAUAUGAACCCGAGGCCAGUCCCCUCAGCGCUUUUCUUGUGCGUCGGGGUCAAAACAAUUCUAGCCUGGGUGCGCAGCUCUAUUGGUAUCUGACUGUCGAAAGCUCCGAUGCGCAUGCCUCGCCUGUAUUUGGCCGGACUUUGGAGAUCUUCCUGAGCUCAAUGGACAAGCCGCAGUAUGAUUCUCUUGAUGCACAAAAGCAAUGGGUUCAGGAUCUUACGACGAUGGCCGAGCAAAUCAAGGUGAGCAAGGAGAAUCGCUUGAAGAGAAUUGAAAAGUUGCGAUCUUGGGCCAACGAGCAUGCGUCGCUCGAGAGGAGUAUUCCCUUUCCCCUUGAUCCUCAUCUGAACAUCACCGGAUUCAUCCCUGAAGCUUGCAACGUCUUCAAAUCGUCCAUGUUUCCUCUCAAGCUGUCUCUCAAGACAGAGCCUGCAAGAGACGCAAACCAUAUCUCCGUUGACGGGACAUGUCAGGAAACGUUCGACAUCAUUUUCAAGUCGGGCGAUGAUUUACGACAAGAUCAGCUCGUCAUCCAGAUCAUCACCCUAUUCAAUGACUUACUUUUGAGGGAAAACCUUGACCUCAAGCUGACUCCUUAUCGUAUCUUGGCUACGUCGACUACAUCUGGCUUUGUCGAAUUUGUGCAUUCAGCCUCACUUGGUGCCAUCUUGUCGGAACAAGGAAGUCUCGGCGCGUAUCUCGGAGGGACCAGCACACGCAAGGUCGACGAAGUGAUAAUGGAUACGUACACUCGCUCCUGCGCCGGCUACUGUGUCAUUACGUAUUUGCUCGGUGUUGGCGACCGGCACUUGGACAACCUCUUGCUCACCAAGACUGGCCACUUCUUCCACGCCGACUUUGGCUUCAUUCUUGGACGCGAUCCAAAGCCGUUUGCGCCUGCACUCAAGCUCGCGAAAGAGAUGGUUGAGGUCAUGAAUGCAAAUAGUCCCAGUCACGAGCCGACUUUUUGGUACUCCCGGUUCAAGUCUUAUUGCUUCACGGCAUUCUCCGCCCUGCGAAAGAACUCUGGUCUGAUUCUCAAUCUUUUUGCCUUGAUGGUUGAUGCCAAUAUUCCGGAUAUCAAGAUUGAGCCUCAGCGUGCUGUGGGCAAAAUCAUGGAACGCUUCUGUCUAGAAAUGGACGAGGAACAAAGUUUGCGAUUUUUUGAAGAUUUAUUGAUUGAAAGUGUCAGUGCGCUCUUCCCAGUCUUCAUCGACCGCGUGCACACAAUCACGCAAUACUGGCGUUCUUAG